ACGCGCGAGUGCGUCACGCUGUGCGCGACUUCGUCACUGUGCUCGGCAUGGCCUCCACACGAGGCCGCGAGGUGGCGACCGCUGCUCUGCGACUGCUCCGCUGGUCCGUGCUGCUGCCGCCUCCCAAGCGCAGCAGCUUCCACGUCUGGGCACGCCGGCUGCUGGGACCUCGCCUGCUGGGGACCGCCGGAGCGCUGGCAGGAGCCUCCCUCUGUGCUGUACCAGUCUUCCCUAUCCCUGAGGCAAACUCUCUGAGUCAAGAGACGCUGCUCAAAAGGGCUGCCUCCCUGGCCACGGAUGGAGCCACUGCCUUUCUCUCUCAGGCUGCGCUGGCCCUCUUGGAUUCCCUCGACAGAUACACGAAGGCCUUACACACGAUGGGAUCGCUUUCGCAGCAGUACGUGGACCUGAUGGCCCAGCUCAGCUCGAAGGACGAGGAGUCCGUCUGGAACCUUAUUGUUGAAGCUCGCGCAGACGUCAUCCGGCGGCAGGACGAGUGUCAGAAGAUGGAGGAGACGUGGACUGCGGCGCUGUACCUCUCGAAAGGGGCGGCCGAAGCUGCCUUCAAAGCAGGUGUGGAAACGGCGGCAAAAGUAGCACUCACUCACCUGCAGCUGCUGCAGGAGCAGUUGGAGGAGGCUCACGCCCAGGCCAGGGCGGCUGAGACGAAGGUCGCCAAGGUGCAAGUGGGGGAGAUCCAGCGCACGGCAUUGCUGGCAAAGCAGAGGGAGGCCGGCAGCAAGGGUUCCUCCUCCCCGCAAGCCAAAUCCUCUCAGCUCGCGUACCUGCAGGAAGAGGAACUCCCCGAGCAGUACCUUCGUGAAGAUUGAGCCAGAGGUAGCCCGGUGGCUUAGGGAGGCUAAUGUUAUGCACGUCAAUAUGUGUAGAGUCAGAGGUUAAUAUAGAUUCUUUUUUUUCACAAUUUAGGCGAAUUAUAUGCAAAUGACGAGGGGAGCGGUGGGGCAAGUGAUCAGCGUGCUGCGCUGUGAACCCGAAUAGCUUGAGUUUGUUUGCCGGCGAUUGCUAACAGCCGUGGCGAGCGAUAUCUGAACCAGGCCUCGGCCUCCCCUUCACCAACCCACACUGAUAAGCUUGGUGAAGGAUGGUCAAGUAGGUGUGGGGAGGCCUCCAUCCAGCAGUGGAUUGACAAAGGGCUCCAAGUUGCAUGCAAGCAACGGUCUAAUGGAGGUAACGCUGCUGUAUGAACGAGACAGGAUAAAUUAGAAUUGUUACAAACAAGACCAUAAAAAUUUGAUCAAAUAAUUGGAAUUUGCUGUUCUUGCACCCCUGUAUAAUGACAAUGAGUGAAAUGGCUGUUGGGGUGAGAUGUUUACAUGCCAAGCUGAUGCCGUGUUGGAGCGCUGAGCUCAGCACCGCUGAGAUCUUGAGGUCAAGCCCAGGAGACGUAACCCCGUGAUUAACCAUGAUGCUCAAAUUUAGCGAGUUGAGUUUCAACCAAUGACUGCACGUUCAAAGAACCCAAACUGUAAAAUGUUAAAUCUUGACUUAAAGCUUUUGUGGCUGCAGGAAUUCAUAUUCUUGGGUCUUUCGGUAAAGCCACAUAGAUAGAUCAAAAAUAAUAAAAAUAGCUAUCACGACGUUUCGAUCGCAACACAAACAAUCGUCAUAAGGUGAGAAAUAUCCCGCGAUAUUUUUCACCUGAUGACGAUUGCUUGUGUUGCGAUUGAAACGUGGUGAUAUUGUUAUUUUUAUCUGUAAAAUGUUGUAAUUAUCUCAAUUGUGGCAUAUUCACCUGUGUACUCAAACAGGAAAUUGCAGUGGUGUGAAUUUGUUUUUGGGCUUUACACAAAAAUGUUGCUGCCCUAGGUAAAGCACCUGCUAAGUGCCAAGCCACCCCAGAGGGACACACCCUUGUAACGUGAGACACGAAGUCCAAAUGAUCAUCGUGUUCCAAAAGUUUAACAUUGCAGUUUGAUAGUGUUUGUAAAGGAGUGGUAUGAUGUUGCUUUAUGCUUAGCACCCGCUCCCCUCUCAGGUUUUGAUACGCCGUUAUUGUUUGACAAGUUACGAAUGAAAAUGUUACGAAAUAAUAAUUAAAAUGCCCGCAACUGUCGAUUAGGAUUUUUUUUGUUUAUUCUGUUGGAGAAAAAAAAACAAUAAACGAAGUUUUUCAGAGUUUUCUGUUAA